ACAGAGGAGCCAGACUCUGAGCAGGAAGAUGGAGGAAGUGGUCAGAAAGAUGAAGGCCCUUUCAACCACAGUCAAAGCCAUAGAGCAGGAGAUGGGCAAAGAUGAUGUUUCAUUCCUGCAGAAUUACAAUGCAACAAUGAAACAGACUCAGUGCACAGUGCAGGACCCAGAUGUCUCGGGAGUGCUAAUCGAUGUGGCCAAACACCUGGGCAACCUGAAGUUCCAAGUCUGGCAGACGAUGACGGGAAUGGUGAAGCACACUCCUGUUAUUCUGGACCCCAACACAGCUGGACCCUUCCUUAUAUUCUCUAAGGAUCUGACCAGUGUCACAUCAAGCAAAGCAUAUUCCACAAAUGCCAAUACUCUUUUUGGCUCACAAGGAUUCAGCUCAGGGAAACACCAGUGGGAUGUUGAAUUUCACGAACAUACUUUUAUAGAUAUAGGUAUUGCCGAGGAGUGUCAAAAACAGAGAUGGAGUAAAGAUGAACGCCAUGUCUGUACAGUACGUUACUGUGGUGGUUGUCACGUAAUAGAAGAAAAAUCUGUACUCAGGGGAAUGCUUAAGAUAAGAGUGCUCCUGGACUGCAAUGAAAAGACUCUGUCAUUGUUUGACGUCUACGGCAAUAAAACCUUCGCAAAUGGUAAGAGAUACACUCUCACAGGGAAACUCUUUCCAUUGUUUUACUUUUAUGAAGUAAUUGAUGACUUGAAUCUGAAGAUCUUGCCUGCCAAGAUCAAAGUCAUGCAGAAAGUACAGUGACUGAAAAGCCACGCUUCUGCAAAGCAAGUGGUUUACGGAUGAGAAACCUGAAAAAGGUUGAGUUAACAUUAACUGUGACUUGACACAAAAUCAUUAGUUGCAGUCUUCUGAGUGAACAGGAACCGUGCUUAAUCUCAGCCCUCCAUCCGGGUAAAUUAUCAAUGAACGAAGGUUUGUUCUUAAAGGAACCGAGCACCAGCCAUAGUUUAAGAGAAAACAGUUUGGGCAAAACAUUUUAUGUGUUCAUAUCAUGUAGUGCUUUUCACACGGGUCUUAUUUUUAGGGGAAAGGUUAUUUGUGUGUACAUUAUUGGAGGGUUCUUUUGGUUUCGACUUAUAGUUAAAAUCACUACAAUGCACUUGAAAAGUUUUAGUUUUCAAAUGCAUUGUCAUCGUGUUAGGAAGCCUACUAUGCUUAACUGUUUUAAGGUUUUAUUUAUUUAUGUUGUGGUUUAGAGCAAAGGUAUUCGUGCAUUUUAUUUGAAUUAUAUCCUCAAUAAAGUUUUAUCAUCGUAA